GCAGUUUUUCAGUUAUAAAGUAAUUGAAUCCAUUGCAAAUGUUAUUCAGUUUGAUUCUCUUAUAAGAGAUGAUCAUAACGGUUUUGAUCUUGAAAAUAUAAAGUUGUUCUUGCUUCUUUGUAUAUUUGGGCUUCAUCUGUUCAAUGAAGGAUUAUGUUGGGCUUCCUUAGGGUUGUUGACUAGAUUAAUGAUUCAAUUCAACUAUCAUAGACCAACCGAAGGAAACUUUUCGGUAUUGAAAGAACGUAUUUUCUGGUCGGUGCACAAUUUGGAUAAAGAAUUAAGCUUGUUGGUUGAUAGACCAAGUCAAUUACCCAUUAAUGAUUAUAUAGCGUUGGAAUUACCGCUCAAAGAGAAAUUGAAUGAACAAGAUGAAUCUGAUACUUUUAUAAAGCUUUUGUCAAAGAGAAUAGAAUUACAUAAGCUCCAAGAUCAAGUCAAUUAUCUCAAGUUAACAACCACGAAGAGAAGCCAGGAAGAAACAUCGGAAGUUCUCAAAGAGUUUUCUUCAAAUUUGGAAAAAUGGAGAAUUUCAAUGAGUCUGUUAAUCCAUACAGAAUAUUCUGGACUUCCUAAUUUGCAGGAAAUGAUUGGCGUAAUCAACUUGAAUUAUUACUUUCUAUUGAUAGAAAUGGACCAAGUUUCCUCGAGUGAAUCUUUCCAAUUCACUUUACAGUUUUUAUCAAGCUCAUUUGGUUUAUUAUUAACGGAUAGCUCAAAACCCGAAUCAGACAAGACCAAUGCCGAUAAAGCUAAACCUACCACCAAGAUCUCAAUGAAUUCUCUUUUUUGGUAUAAAAAGUUUUUCAAGGUUAUCAAAUACAAUCUCAACUCAUUAUUAGAAAUUGCUGAUUCUGUACCUGAAUCUUCCACAGUAACACCUUUGAAUUUAAGUUUGAAACUAAGUGAAUUUAAUGGGAACCUUCAAUUGAUGAUCAACCUUUUAAGAUAUACAUCCCAAGGCCACAUCAAACCUUCUUGCUAUUCAGAAAAAAUUGAUACAGCCAUCACUACUCUCUCAUCCUUAAAUAUGGAGUUGAUAAAGAACGGAAUAGUCCUGCAAAAUAAAGACUCCCUCAUUCAUGACAUACAGAGAUUCCAGACGCUUAUCUGAUUCUUUAAAUCAUUCUUCUUAUACCUCUGUCUUGAUAUUUAUCUUUAGUUCUCC